GCCUGACGCUACAAGCCAAGUCAUGCAGGUUGUCGUGGCUGUGCCAGCGGGCGGGCGGCCGCUAAACACGGCCCCUUCCACGUCCCCUGGUUUUAGCGCCUACAGCUCCCCCAUUUGGCAAGCCGUUAGUGGAUGCUCGGCGCUUCGAAGGCUUGCUCGCGUCUAAGCGCUGUGACGGCGGGGGCUCUGCGAAGGGGGAUUUGCAGAGGCGAUGACGAUUCUGUUUCAAGGAUACCCGCCCAGAGACCUCUGGAACGGGCCGCUUGGAGGAGGGAGGGAGGGAGCUAACUCUCACCGAAAAAUACUCUGUGCGGGCAACAGACUUCGCCAUGCCCAAGUACCGAGACGCCAGCGCAUAUGGCGUCAGUGCGGUUCACAUUGUGAAUCGAGAACACAAGCACGGCAAAAAGGGAUCCUCUACUAGAGUUCGCAAAGAACAUGUUGCUAUCCGCCUUCGAAAACCCGAGACAAGAUAUCAACCAAAGAGCCGACCUGCCACAAGACGGCCAUCCACAAGCAGCACCCGUCGCAUCGCACUCCGUACGGUAGGACAACCAGCCAUGGUCUAUCCAGACGGUACAUCAGCUGUUCGAUACGUUACCCCCCGACGAUCCAAGAGAGUUUCUAUACCUAAACGAGUCAAGUUUGUCGUUCCUCAAAGAUCCCAGCGACAACUAGCUGCCCAAACGCCGCGCCAGACCCGCGUCAGUCCGCGAGAGAAUGUCGAUGAGGACCUCAUUGCAGGGCUUUGUCGACAGGGUAUCCGAUGCAGGGAAAUAUCAAAAGCCUUGGAUAGGCUGCGUAAAUAUGUCUUUGAUUCUGACGCCGACUUGUUGAAAGCCACAGUAAAGCAGGUCAAGGCAUUGCGCGCAGCCAUCUUUCAGCUUGUCGACUACUUUGACUUGUAUCCCCGACGGCUGUCCAUGGUCCUCUUUUACAUCAACGCUGUUUACGGAACGACAUCCUUUACCAUCCAGCGAAUACUGUCUAUUCUUCGCGAUACAUCAAUCAACUCAUCACAGCUUUGGGAUCACUUGCUCCAUAGCAUGGAAGAAGCGCUUGGCGGACUAGAACUCUAUGAAACACUACGCAUAUAUCGCGACUUUUUGCUUUCGCUGUCACAUUUGCUGAAAGGCGAUCACCCGUUCGAUGCUGGCCCUGUAGAAGAACUAUACGACUAUACAUUACAAUUGCGAAUACAUCAGGGUAUUGGGGGGGCUGUUAGUAACAAAUAUCUGCCAUACAGUCCACUUAACGAAAUCGUGCAGUGCUAUCAAGAGUUCGACCCAAAACACUGGGCGGAAACCUGCCUCAAGAGCCCGCUGCCAUCCCGCCGGCGCAUGCUGCGUACUCAACGCUCCAAGUCAUUAGGCGAGCAUUAUCCCUUUGCGUAUUAUCGAAAGACAGACGCCCCCAAAAUCCUCUGGCGCAAAUCUUUCGAUAACAACAUUUCGGCCAUGAUAUUCCUCAACGAGAAUGACAACAAUGCACACAUGCAGCUCCGCAUCGUCAAUAAAGACCAGCCACUGUUCGCUACUGCCCCCAUAAGCCUACUCGGCAUCACUCGCGAGGACUCCUGCGUCAAGCUACACACCCUCGGCGACGGUGCAUGGAGAAGCCCCCAGCGGCUCUGGGCCGUACUCAGUUUUGACAUAUGGGAAGAACUCAUUCUUUUCCACGCCGCAUUCAUGUCCAUCAAAGCGCGACACUCGUUCCAGACUAGCAUGAUACCAGACGACCACUUUAAGCAGGAAUCCAUUAUCUACCAAACAUAUAUUACUGAGGCUGGCCGUAUUCACAACUUUGUCAUUUUAGAAGACAAAUACACGGGCGACAUGCGUUUGCUCGCCAUCAAUGGCCAGGGUAACCACCAAGGAGCUCCGGCGUGGAUAAUAUUCUUGACGGUUAGACCAGAGGCCCCUUGGAUAGAGACACUCUCAUCGCAGGCCGUCUGCCUACUCGAUGUCUAUGUGUACACCUUCUCAGACAGACAUGUCCUAGAUGAGGGACUGUAUGGUCCCAAGAGAGAUUUCCAAAUUGAGUUUGCCGACUCCAAGUCUCGCCGCAAGUUUGAAGGCUACUUCCCAGGCGGCGUGAUUCGACGAAAACGCAGCGGACACUAAGGCGCUGUGAUCAAGGUUUCUAUUCGUGCAAUAUCACAAUGUUAUAUAUAUUUCAUAUUAUUUAUGUAAUUCCAUAAUGGUUUUCAAUAUUAAACUCAUGCAUUUCCUCAUACGCUUCAUGGAUUCGUCGUUGCUUAUGUCUUGACAUCGGGCUCAUCACGGCCAACAUGCUCCUUGAACUUGAGCAGUUCAGUGGCAAAGGUAACCUCUUCCUUGAGGAAGUCCUGGGCAUCGAGGUCGUACAUGGAGGCAUCGCUGGUGUGCUGCUCGAUGUAAAGGCGGAUAGUGGCGCCGGAAGAGCCAGUACCGGAGAGACGGACAACGAUGCGGCUGCCAGAGGAGAAGCAGGCAAACAAGCCCUGGUUGGAGGAGACGGAGCCGUCAAGGUCGGUGUAAGAGAAGUUACCGGCGCGGGUGACGGUGCGGCCUAGAAAGUGUUAGUACAUGAUUCAAAUUGGUAGAGUCAGGAUAUCAUACCUCCAAUAGUGCUGCCAACAAAGGCAGGGUCGGCAACGAGCUUGGCGAGCUCGCCAACAACCUUGUUAGCACCCUCAGAGUCGACAUCUUCGUAGUCGUAGCGGGUGAAGAAGGUACGGCCGUACUGGGUCCAAAAGUCCUUCUGGAUCUGCUUAAUGGAGGGAGUGACUUCGGGGUUCUGGACACCGAGGGCAGCGAUAAUGUUCAACCAGGCAACAAUAGCCCAGAGGCCAUCCUUCUCACGGAUGUGGUCGGAUCCGGUACCGAAACUCUCCUCACCGCAGAUGGAAAGCUUCUUGGCGUCGAAGAGGGCGCAGAAGAACUUCCAGCCGGUGGGAACCUCGUAGCAGUCGAGGCCUUGGGCCUUGGCAACGAGGUCAACAGCCCCGCUGGUAGGCAUGGAGCGGGCAAGACCGUUGACACCGUUUCUCUGGAAGUAAGGGAUGAGCUUGGCGUGGUGAGCAAUGAUGGCCAGAGAGUCACCAGGGGACACGAAGGCAUUGGCGCCGUAAAUCAUGUUACGGUCACCGUCACCAUCGGAGGCGGCACCGAAGGGGAUGCUGUUCUUGUCGACAACCUCAACAAGGGAGUGGGCGUAGGUGAGGUUGGGGUCAGGGUGGCCGCCAUUGAAGUCGGGGCUGGGAACGCAGUUCUGGAUAGCACCGGUGAGGCCAAGCUCAUCCUCGAAGAUGGCCUUGCCGUAAGGGCCAGUGACACCGUGGAGACCGUCGAAAAGGACCUUGAACUCGGGGUGAGACUCAAAGAACUUCUUGAUGGUGGGGAAGUCGAAGAUGUCCUUGAGCAUGGCGGUGUAGUCAGCGGUGCUGUCGACAAUCUCAACCUCGAGAGGGCCAUAGGUGUGGGUGCCGACAGUCUGAAGGUCGACAUCAGGGAUAGCGGCAAUCUUGUAGGAAGUCAAGGUCUUGGAGGUUUCGAAGAUCUUGUUGGUAACCGACUCGGGAGCAGGGCCACCGUU